GCUUCUUUCAACAGCAGCAACAGUUAGUCAGACACCUCCGUAGCUUGCUAGACAAAAUAGACGAACCAAUAAAGCCCUUUAGACGCGUUCGUGUAUAUUAGCCACUGUGUUUUAAACCCAGAUCUGUUGUGUAACGUAGUUAGUUAUCCGUUUUAAUAUCAUAUUUACGGUUGUUGUUAUUAGUCAGCUAGUGGGCUGGUUAAGUUAGCAUUAGCCUAGCUAUCUAACAUUCCCGACCAUGAGCUCACUAAGCUACUCUCCUCCUGCUAAAGAAGAGGAGGUCUGCUGGACGGAGAAAGAGGGACUGUGGCUGAACGUUGUCGUGAAAGAGGAAGAGGAGGAUGUCACAAUACAAAAUCAAGUAGAGGGUGAGGCUGUUACAGUGAAAGAAGAAGAGAAAGACGUUUCAGUGAAAGAAGAGGAAGACGCGUUCAGAGUGAAAGAGGAGGAUGUUACAGUAAAAGAAGAGGAGGCAGAGAAAGAGGAGGAUGCAGUUUUUGGAGUGAAAGAGGAGGAGGGGGAGAUGACUGUCACAUUGGAAGAAGAAGAGGAUGAAGAGGAGGAAACUGAAUAUCUGGGCUCGGUUUCCCAAAGGCAUGUUAAGGCGUCCAAUGGUUCUAAUGAUGAACGUGCCCUGAUUAACACUAGAGAGAGAUGUGACUAUCCUGGGUCCUCGGGGGAGUCUCAACAACAUCAUGAUGCUGAAGAUGCAGAGAAGAGUCUCUCCAGAUCAGAACACCUCAAGAAACACCAGCAGAGACACACAUUGAAUAAUCCUUACUGCUGCUCUGACUGUGAGAAGACCUGCAAAUCUAAAUCAGAACUUGAAAUACACCGGAGAAUCCACACAGGAGAAAAGCCGUACCAUUGCUCUCAUUGUGGAAUGAGUUUCUCUAGAUCAUAUUCAUUGAAAACACACCUGCUAAUUCACACAGGAGAGAAAUCUUAUAGCUGUACUCAAUGUGGGAAGAGUUUUACUACAUCUUCCAAUCUGACUAAACAUCAGAAAACACACACAACAGAGAAACCUUAUAGCUGUGAUCAAUGUGGGAAGAGUUAUGUUACAUCUAGCUAUCUGACUUUACACCAGAGAACACACACAGGAGAUAAAACGUAUAGCUGUGAUCAAUGUGGGAGGAGUUAUGUUACAUCUAGCUCUCUGACAGUACACCAGAGAACACACACAGGAGAGAAACCAUUUAGCUGUACUCAAUGUGGGAAGAGUUUUACUACAUCUAGCUCUUUGAAGGUACAUGAGAGAACACACACAGGAGAGAAACCAUGUACCUGUACUCAAUGUGGGAAGAGUUUUACUCGGUCAAGCUCCCUUGUAAUGCACCAGAGAAUACACACAGGAGAGAAACCAUAUAGCUGUAAUCAAUGUGGGAAGCGUUUUACUCAGCCAAAUGGACUGAUAUUACACCAGCGGACACACACAGGAGAGAAACCAUAUAGUUGUACUCAAUGUGGGAAGAGUUUUAUUCAGGCAAGCUGCCUGAAAGUACACCUGAGAACGCACACAGGAGAGAAAUCUUAACACUGCUCUGACUGCAAAAAAGUUUUGUUAGCUUAAUUUAAGUGAUUUAAAAUCGCACCGGAGAAUAGACACAGGAGAGAAAUCUUAUAGCUGUGAUCAAUGUGGGCAGAGUUGUACUACAUCUAGUCAUCUAAUUGUACACCAGAGAACACACACAGGAGACUUUGAUAAAAGUUCUCUGAUCAAACAUCAGAAAAUACAUAGCUGAAGGAUAUGUUUUAAUAAUGUCACAAUGUAGAACCCUAAACAUUUGUCCCCUGUUCUAUUGAUUUCAACAUGGUAUGGAAAUUAGCCUCAGGGGAAAAUCCAUGCUCUGAAAUGAAAGAGUACUAUUUAUGUGAUUUAACAAAAAGUGACUAACAAAAAAAGAGUUACACUUACCGCGUUGGUGACCUACUUGAAUCAAAAUGCAGCACUUCAAAAUGUAGCGAUCUGUUUUCUACAAAGGUUCCUCUAACACAUUAUUCCCAGAUUUCGUGUGGUUUUUGAGCUGUUUAACAGGGCGUGCAAUCUCAUCUCCCCCUUUUUCGCACAAUCUAUUUCAACAUGAUAUCGAUGAGUCAUGACAAAUACAGUGGGGCAAAAAAGUAUUUAGUCAGCCACCAAUUGUGCAAGUUCUCCCACUUAAAAAGAGGCCUGUAAUUUUCAUCAUAGGUACACUUCAACUAUGACAGACAAAAUUAGAAAAAAAAAUCCAGAAAAUCACAUUGUAGGAUUUUUAAUGAAUUUAUUUGCAUAUUAUGGUGGAAAAUAAGUAUUUGGUCAAUAACAAAAGUUUCUCAAUACUUUGUUAUAUACCCUUUGUUGGCAAUGACAGAGGUCAAACGUUUUCUGUAAGUCUUCACAAGGUUUUCACACACUGUUGCUGGUAUUUUGGCCCAUUCCUCCAUGCAGAUCUCCUCUAGAGCAGUGAUGUUUUGGGGCUGUUGCUGGGCAACACAGACUUUCAACUCCCUCCAAAGAUUUUCUAUGGGGUUGAGAUCUGGAGACUGGCUAGGCCACUCCAGGACCUUGAAAUGCUUCUUACGAAGCCACUCCUUCGUUGCCCGGGUGGUGUGUUUGGGAUCAUUGUCAUGCUGAAAGAACCAGCCACAUUUCAUCUUCAAUGCCCUUGCUGAUGGAAGGAGGUUUUCACUCAAAAUCUCACGAUACAUGGCCCCAUUAAUUAUUUCCUUUACACGGAUCAGUCAUCCUGGUCCCUUUGCAGAAAAACAGCCCCAAAGCGUGAUGUUUCCACCCCCAUGCUUAACAGUAGGUAUGGUGUUCUUUGGAUGCAACUCAGCAUUCUUUGUCCUCCAAACACAACGAGUUUAUUUUUUUUACCACAAAGUUCUAUUUUGGUUUCAUCUGACCAUAUGACAUUCUCCCAAUCUUCUUCUGGAUCAUCCAAAUGCUCUCUAGCAAACUUCAAACGGGCCUGGACAUGUACUGGCUUAAGCAGGGGGACACGUCUGGCACUGCAGGAUUUGAGUCCCUGGCGGUGUAGUGUGUUACUGAUGGUAGGCUUUGUUACUUUGGUCCCAGCUCUCUGCAGGUCAUUCACUAGGUCCCCCCGUGUGGUUCUGGGAUUUUUGCGAUCAAUUUGAUCCCACGGGGUGAGAUCUUGCGUGGAGCCCUAGAUCGAGGGAGAUUAUCAGUGGUCUUGUAUGUCUUCCAUUUCCUAAUAAUUGCUCCCACAGUUGAUUUCUUCAAACCAAGCUGCUUACCUAUUGCAGAUUCAGUCUUCCCAGCCUGGUGCAGGUCUACAAUUUUGUUUCUGGUGUCCUUUGACAGCUCUUAGGUCUUGGCCAUAGUGGAGUGUGACUGUUUGAGGUUGUGGACAGGUGUCUUUUAUACUGAUAACAAGUUCAAACAGGUGCCAUCAAUACAGGUAACGAGUGGAGGACAGAGGAGCCUCUUAAAGAAGAAGUUACAGGUCUGUGAGAGUCAGAAAUCUGGCUUGUUUGUAGGUGACCAAAUACUUAUUUUCCACCAUAAUUUGCAAAUAAAUUCAUUAAAAAUCCUACAAUGUGAUUUUCUGGAUUUUUUUUCUAAUUUUGUCUGUCAUAGUUGAAGUGUACCUAUGAUGAAAAUUACAGGCCUCUCUCAUCUUUUUAAGUGGGAGAACUUGCACAUUUGGUGGCUGACUAAAUACUUUUUUGACCCACUAAGUGUUGCAUUCCUUUGUUUAGCGACCCCUACAUUUCAAUGCACCACUCCAAAAUGUAACGGACUUUCUUCUGCAGGUUGUCCUCUAACCAGUGAGGUAAAAGAUAUCUCCCAUUUCCAUGUGUUUUUUUAGUUGUGUUAUUUUCAACAGCACGUACAACCUGAUUUCCCCCCUAAUUGAUAACAGUGAUUUAUUGCUACUUGUCUUUAUGGUCGUUUUUUUCAAUUACUUGAAAACCACUUAAUUUCAACGUACUUGCAGCCUAUACACAUGGACGCAGUAUAAUAAAUUGGUCUAUAAUCAUUUUUAUUAACAAUCUUACAUCAGUCCAGUAUUUCUUUACAACAUCCAAGUGCUAAUUGUCUUUAUUCCAUUACUGAAGAAGCAGGACUGAAAUCACCUCAUAUUUCAAACAUCCAGCAUGACAAAAGAUAAAUGUUUUGUUAUUCCAUGCCUCACCAUUAAGUGAAUUAUUGCCAACACAUAUUAACAAAGGGGUGUACAUUUGGUUUUGAUAUUUCAUCUUUACAAGUCAUGUAACAUUUAGUAAUCGUAAUUAUUUAUGCUACCAACUGACAAUUUUUGGGUACUAUUAUAUUGAUGUUGUUGCCCUGCUUUUAGAACAUCAGGGUUCAUUCUCAAUGUGCCAACCCAAAUGUACUAGAGCAUGACAUUGGGGACUGGGCCCCGAUCCAACAACAUGCCUAUCGAGUGAACCCUGAAAAGGGAGAGAAGCUCCGCAGUGAGGUGGAACUUUACUAUGGAUAUUGCAGGAGUUGGUUGCUGAUUGUCUCAAGGGUGGGCAGUCAACACGUUUUGCGUUUAGCCAGUGCGUUGCCAUUGAUCCCAAUUUAUUUUGACUGCACGUUUGUCUGUAUUGGUGAUUAGUUUUGUUUGGGCUCGUUUCAAGGGGACAAGAGUCCUAGAAGCUAGUGAGUUUUAGGAAGACGAGAAUUCUAGUGGGGGAAAAAUUGGAUAUAUUUGUUGUCUUUGGUUUUCCAUUUAUGUUUUUAGGUUGGACUUUAGCACGUAUAGGUCGUUAGCACGUAGGAAGCACUGAUUGGUGUCACCUCUUUAGUCAGUAUGUGUUACACCUGGGCUGGCUUGUCCAUCUCGUUAGUGGGAAGGUGGUUCACCUGAGCUGGUCCAGGUUCUAUUUAAGAGUGUCUGGCCUAGUGCUCCAGUUGUCUUGAUAGAUGUGGAGAGUUAACACCUUUAGUUGAACUACCUUUUUUGGUCCUUUAAGUUUUGUUUCCCUCUUCUUGGACAGAUUUAGUAAGUCUCAUGGUGGGUGUCUUUUAUGCCCCAGUUGUUUUACGAGUCAACUUUCAGUGGACACUCUCAUAGUGUCUUUCAGAACCCCUUCUAAAAAACAAGCUUGUAUUUUGGGUUGGAUAUUGCAUCGAAUUAAUAUAUUAAAUCAAUGGCAUUUCCUUAGGGUGCCCAUUAGUCUUUCAGUUGUUAGCCCUCUGUUCUGUACUAAAUAUUUCUGUUUAUUUUCAUUUUAUUAUUUGUUUUUUCCUGUGAAGCCAUUGUGUUGCAACCAUGUCUGAAAUGUGCUGUAAAAAUAAAGCUUGAGUUGAUUUCAACAAAUUAA